CCUGCUCCCUCCUGCGCGGCGUCGCGGCCGAUCCCUUCGCCGUCGCCGGAGCUCCGGUUUUUUCUGGGCCCGAUCCGCCGCGUCUCUCCGGCUGAACCGUGCGAGCUGCUGCUGCUGCCGCUCUGUUCUUCUCCUCCUUCUCCUCCUUCUCCGGGCCGGUGGCGAUGGAAGCUGGCGGCGGCGGCGGCGGCGGGGAGGACUGCUGCGUGAAAGUGGCGGUCCACAUCAGGCCCCUCAUCGGCGACGAGAAGCUCCAGGGUUGCAAGGAUUGCGUCACGCUCGUUCCCGGGAAGCCUCAGGUACAAAUUGGUACACAUUCCUUCACGUUUGAUCAUGUGUAUGGGAGCACUGGAACUCCUUCAUCUUCAAUGUUUGAAGAAUGUGUUGCGCCUCUUGUCGAGGGCCUCUUCCAAGGAUAUAAUGCCACUGUUCUGGCUUAUGGCCAGACUGGUUCCGGUAAAACUUACACGAUGGGUACUGGUUUAAAAGAUGGUAGCCAGACAGGUCUGAUUCCCCUGGUUAUGAAUUCUUUAUUCAGCAAGAUAGAAGCUCUGAAACAACAAACAGAGUUCCAAUUGCACGUUUCCUUCAUCGAGAUUUUGAAAGAAGAAGUUCAAGAUUUGCUGGAUCCGACUUGUUUGAGCAAAUCAGAGAAUGCAAAUGGCCAUACUGGGAAAGUACCUAUUCCAGGAAGACCUCCCAUCCAGAUUCGUGAAUCAUCGAAUGGUGUUAUAACAUUGGCAGGAUCUACAGAAGUUAGCGUUAGUUCUCUAAAAGAGAUGGUUGCCUGCCUUGAACAGGGUUCACUGAGCCGGGCUACUGGAAGUACAAACAUGAACAAUCAGUCCAGCCGUUCGCAUGCCAUCUUCACCAUAACAUUAGAGCAGAUGCGUAGGCUCAAUCCACUCUUUCCUGGCGAUAGCAGUCCUGAGAAUUUAAAUGACGAAUACCUAUGUGCCAAAUUGCAUCUAGUUGAUCUUGCUGGAUCAGAGCGAGCUAAGCGAACAGGUUCUGAUGGUUUGCGAUUCAAAGAAGGAGUGCACAUCAACAGGGGCCUUCUUGCACUUGGUAAUGUGAUCAGUGCUCUUGGUGAUGAGAAGAAGCGGAAAGAAGGUGUUCAUGUGCCUUACAGGGACAGUAAACUAACUAGGCUUUUACAGGAUUCACUUGGCGGCAAUAGUAGAACAGUGAUGAUAGCCUGCAUCAGCCCUGCUGAUAUUAAUGCUGAAGAAACGCUUAAUACUUUGAAGUAUGCAAAUCGUGCUCGGAAUAUUCAAAACAAGCCAGUUGUUAAUAGAGAUCCCAUGUCAAAUGAGAUGCUAAAGAUGCGCCAACAACUAGAGUAUUUGCAAGCAGAACUUUGUGCCCGUGGUGGGCCUUCAUCAAAUGAAGUGCAGGCUCUCAAGGAAAGAAUUGCUUGGCUUGAAGCGGCUAAUGAGGAUCUUUGUCGAGAACUACAUGAAUUCCGAAGCAGAUGCUCUUCUGUGGAGUGCUGUGAAACAGAUUCCCAGGAUGAUACGUGCUCUGUGAAAAGUGAUGGGCUUAAAAGAGGAUUGCAAAGCAUGGAGUCAUGUGAUUUCCAAAUGGGUGAAACCGUGAGCACUGGUGAUUCCAGAGAUAUAGAUGAAGUCACGAAAGAGUGGGAACACACUCUUCUGCAAAACUCCAUGGACAAAGAGCUACAUGAGUUGAAUAAACGCUUAGAGGAGAAGGAGUCAGAGAUGAAACUUUUUGGAGGCUUGGAUACUGUAGCACUCAAGCAACACUUCGGCAAGAAAAUCAUGGAGUUGGAGGAUGAAAAAAGAACUGUGCAGCAAGAGAGAGAUCGCUUGUUGGCUGAAGUUGAGAACCUGGCUGCUAAUUCUGAUGGACACACCCAAAAGAUGCAGGAUAUCCAUGCUCAGAAACUGAAGACGCUUGAAGCUCAGAUUUCUGAUCUCAAGAAGAAACAAGAGAAUCAGGUUCAGCUUUUAAAGCAAAAACAAAAAAGUGAUGAAGCAGCAAAGAGAUUGCAGGAAGAAAUUCAAUCUAUAAAGGCACAAAAGGUUCAACUCCAACAUAGAAUGAAACAAGAAGCUGAACAGUUUCGACAGUGGAAGGCCUCUCGGGAGAAGGAACUGCUGCAGUUGCGAAAGGAGGGGAGGAGGAAUGAAUAUGAAAGGCAUAAAUUGCAAGCUCUAAAUCAACGUCAGAAAAUGGUUCUUCAAAGAAAGACAGAAGAGGCUGCAAUGGCCACCAAGAGGCUAAAAGAGUUACUGGAAGCUCGCAAAUCUUCUGCUCGUGACAACUCAGUUAUGGGCAGUGCCAACGGAAUAAAUGGGCAGAACAAUGAGAAGUCCUUACAACGCUGGCUUGACCAUGAGCUUGAAGUAAUGGUGAAUGUCCAUGAAGUACGAUUUGAAUACGAGAAGCAAAGUCAAGUGCGAGCUGCACUGGCAGAAGAGUUGUCUCUCCUCAAGCAAGUGAAUGAAUUUGCUUCAAAGGGGCUUAGCCCUCCAAGAGGAAAGAAUGGCUUUGCAAGAGCUUCCUCCAUGUCACCAAAUGCAAGAAUGGCCAGAAUAUCUUCCCUUGAGAGUAUGCUAAGCAUAUCGUCCAACUCACUCGUAGCCAUGGCAUCACAGCUUUCAGAGGCAGAAGAGCGGGAACGUGGCUUCACUAAUCGUGGCCGUUGGAACCAGUUGCGUUCAAUGGGAGAUGCAAAGAACUUGCUUCAAUAUAUGUUCAGUUCUCUUGCCGAUACAAGGUGCCAAUUAUGGGAGAGGGACAUGGAAAUCAACGAAAUGAAAGACCAACUGAAAGAACUCGUAGGUUUACUGCGGCAGAGUGAGUUACAAAGAAAAGAAGUUGAAAAGGAAUUAAAAUCGAGAGAGCAAGCUAUUGCAAUUGCACUGGCUACGUCGGCUUCGGAAAACUCUCCUAAUUCACUGAAACACUUCUCCGAUGAGGCAAGUGGUCCUCUAUCUCCGAUCUCUCUACCUGCACAGAAGCAGCUCAAAUAUACCCCUGGGAUUGUAAAUGGCUCAAUCCGGGAAUCAGCUGCAUUUAUAGAUCAGACACGAAAGAUGGUUCCAAUGGGACAAUUGUCAAUGAGAAAAUUGGCAGUUGUUGGACAAGCUGGGAAGCUAUGGAGAUGGAAGAGGAGUCAUCACCAGUGGCUCUUGCAAUUCAAGUGGAAGUGGCAGAAGCCAUGGAGACUUUCUGAAUGGAUUAGGCACAGUGAUGAAACUGUCAUGAGAGCAAGGCCUCGCCCACAAGCUCUACAAGAUAUGAUGUGAUACGAUUGCAGUCACCAGCUAUUGCCUGAUCUUUUUUCCUUGGAACUUGCAGCAUGCAGCAUGUUGCAUAGGGACAUGUAGCAGGAGUUGAUGCUGGUUUUUGAGGAUCUCUUGCUUAUGACUGUAUCUCGAACAAGUUGAAGUAGUACAAGCUGGUUUUGGAAGCUUGAAAGUUUUGCUGUUUCUUCAUCAGGAGCAUCUUGUACAGAAGGUUUGAUGCUGCCGAACAGUUUCUAAGUUUACGAGGUAAAGAAGCAAGUAGACAGUAGCUGAAGAUAACAUCACCAAUGGGAGGGCGACACCUAAUUUUGGUGCUCCUUUCCCAGUCAAUAACAGAAGUUGAGGGAAUCGCUUUGGAGUCAGAAAGAUGUAUAUUGAAAAGGUGUAAACUAGGUGUCCUUUUGUAGUGUUUUCGGCCAAGCCUGUUCUGUCCUCUUGUAGUGUUUGUGGCCAAGCCUGUUCAUAUGGUUUGACGUUUGUGUCUGUUGUUGUAUUGAUUGUAGAUUGUAGCGUCCUCCAGCCAUCGCAACGAUACUGAUAUUCUUUCAUACGUUUUUCUUGCUGUUCUCUUUUGACGUCUGUGUGUGGGGUGAGUGGACCAUCUUGUAAACCUUUUCUUGUCCAGAAAGUGAUGAAUACUCUGUUAACCUGUUUGUCUUCAAUAAGCAAGAUUAUCAGUUUAUUUGUGUU